AUUUGUUUGAGGAGUGGACAUCCAUUCAGAACUUAAAAUGGCUUUGAUGGCGUUUUGGAGUGUAUCAAUUGCAGCGAAUCAAAAACUUUACUUUUAUUGUCGUUCAUUUAAAAAAACACGAAAGUGUCAUAACCAACCGUGUCGAUAUUCUAAACUUUUCACAAUACUGACUUGCGGAAAACAGAGGGAGCAAAACUUUUAUUCUCAAACUACCUUGUCGCCUUCAACCUAUGAGAAGAUCGACUAUAACAAACUAUCUCCCAUGUUGAGGCACUAUUGGGAUACUAAAAGUGAACAUCCAGAUUACCUUUUAUUGUAUCGAGUGGGAGACUUCUACGAAUCUUUUUUCGAUGACGCCCAAAUACUAGCAGAAACUCUGGAAGUGACACUAACUAGUAAAGGCGGAGGAAAAGAUUUGGGAUGCAAGGUUCCUAUGUCAGGAAUACCUCAACAUUCAUUGGAUAAAUAUCUUUCAAUAUUGUUAAAGAAAAACGUCAAAGUUGCAGUUUGUGAUCAAACCGAACCUGCAACAAUGGCUCAAGCAGGUUCUUUAGUAAAAAGACAAGUAACCCGUCUACUUACGCCAGGCACUUUGACGGAAGAUUCUAUGUUGGAUGCUAAGAAAAACAAUUACUUGGCUGCUAUUGCUGUAGACAUGAGCUCAUCUACAAAAGAGUUUAACCGAGUGAAUUGGGCAAUUGCUUAUGUUGAUACUUCUACCGGAGAAUUUCAAGGAUUAGAAGGAAAGAAUAUCGAUGCUUUUAUAAGAGAACUCAUAAGGAUUUCUCCUUCGGAAGUUUUGAUGGAAGAUAACCCCAUAUGGAAGAAUAUUCUACAAGAGCAAUGUAUUACGUAUCAGCUACCAGAAUUAUGUUAUACUGCUCGACCUGUUCACUCUUUUGACAGUCAGUUGGGUAAACAACAACUUUUACAAAGAUUUCAUUGUAAUAGCAUUGAAGUGUUUGGUUUAAAAGACUCUUGCUUGUUACUAAAAGCUUGUGCAGCUAUAUUUCAUUAUUUACAAGAAACCAUUGAAAGAAUAGCACCGAUCAAUUUGAAUUUCUUUCGAUUGCAUAGAGCUGAUGAAUUUGUUCAUUUAGAUGAAAAUACUUUGCGGAAUUUAGAAGUACUUGAAACACUAAGAGAAGGAAAUAAGAAGGGAUCCUUGCUUUGGUCUGUUGAUCGUACAGUUACUUGUAUGGGUGCAAGACUGUUACGAAGAUGGUUAUUGCAUCCAUUGAGAGAUGGGCGAAUAUUAAAUGCAAGAUACGAAGUUAUAGAAUUGCUUAUUCAAAACUGCGAUAUUCUAUCAGGUUUAGUUGACACUCUAAAAGGUUUCAAUGACUUGGAAAGAUUGGCUUGUCGUAUAGGUUCUCUUCGUGCGAAUGAAAAGGACUUUUAUCAUUUGGGAGAAUCCUUGAAAAAGAUCCCUCGCUUACUACAUAUCUUGAAUAGAUUGAUUUCUUCUUCUAUUGAUAGACAAAAAAGAGUGGUUGAUUUACUUGCAGCUAUUCUGUCGCCAUUGUCAGAAGAGUUGAUUCAAGUUAUCGUGGAAGAAAUCGAUGCUAACAUUACUUUGUCAUCACCAGUUUCCACAAGUCCUCAUGUUGUAGAUAAUUUUACUGGAUCCAACUCCGAAAGUGUGCUCUUCGUUCAAAGUGGAAAAAAUCAGCAAUUGGAAGAAUUGGAGAAAGAAUACAAGCUUCAUAUGCAAUGGAUGCUGGAAUAUGAAAGGAAUGAAAGGAAGAGAUUGGGUUUACACAAUUUAAAAGUUGGCUAUCACAAGUCUUUGGGUUAUUACAUUUCCAUUUCGAAACGUGCACUUUCCAAAGUUCCAAAUGACUAUAUUCGAAAGCAAACACUAAUAGGAGAAGAACGUUAUACCACUACUCAAUUACUGGAGAGAGAAAGAAGUAUUUUAUAUGUUCGAGAGUGUCUUGCUUCAAAGGAACGCGAAAUUUUCGAUAACUUUCGUAAUCACCUGCAACAAUAUGCACCUUCAUUACAGAGAAUAGCCGAGGCCGUAGCAACAUUGGAUGUCUUUUGUGGUUUGGCAAGGAUGGCAAUGGAAAGAGAAUAUUGUAGACCGCAAUUAUAUUUAUUGGAUGAUGAAGAGAAGAAUAGUUCAUCAUCGGCAGUUGUCUUGAAGAUAGAGAAUGGUCGCCACCCAGUAGUUGAGCAAAUGAUUUCACCAGGAAGCUUUGUUUCCAAUUCCAUCGAUUUAUCUCAUCAGUCGAGUCGUUUGGUAAUUUUGACAGGACCCAAUUCUUCUGGCAAAAGUUGUUAUUUGCGUCAAAUAGGAACCAUCCAAUUAUUGGCGCAAAUAGGUAGCUUUGUACCGGCACAAGAAGCUCAAUUAAGUAUUAUGGAUGCAAUAUUUACUCGAGUUGGAGCUGUAGAUGAUAUUGGUUCAGGUCAAAGUACUUUUAUGGUAGAAAUGACUGAAACUGCAAGAAUAUUGCGUCAAGCAACCAAAUAUUCAUUGGUAUUGUUGGAUGAAAUUGGUCGUGGGACAACAACUUUAGAUGGUUUGAGUAUUGCAUGGAGUGUAGCAGAAUAUCUUUCAUCAAAUAUUCAAUGUUUGAGUAUUUUUGCUACUCAUUAUCAUGAGAUGAAUGAACUCGCUUCCGUAUUUCCUUGGGUUAUCAAUUUACAAGUAAAAGUCAUCGAAAAGGAUGAUCAAGUCAUAUUUUUGCACAAGGUUAUUCCUGGAGGAGCCAAUAAAAGUUAUGGUAUCCAAGUAGCUGGUUUGUCAGGUUUGCCUGACGUUGUAGUGGAAAGAGCUCGAACCGUUUGGAGGACUUUGGAACAAGUAGGAAUGCAAUUGAAUCAUGUAUUAAAGACUCAGUUGUAUCAAAUAAGCAAUGGAAAUGAAAAUGUUUCCAGAGAGAAAUCCAAUGAUAAUAUGUUGAUGACAAAUGGUACAAAAUACAAUAGAAUGAAUAACAGCAAUUAUGAUAUGGAAAGUCUGCAAGAACAAUUAAAAGACAUGAAACGACAACUGGCAUUAUUGGAUGCACAAUUUCAAGAGUGGCUCACAAAGGAGAAAGAAAUAAGAUGAUCAAGAGCAAUAACUGAGACAAGUCAUCUUUUGUAAUAUUAUUGCAACAUAAAAUAUGUGUUCAUCGA